CGGCUGCCUGUUCUCCAAUUUCUUGAUUGCUUCUAUGACUGCUUGCUUCGUUGGGAGUUGACGAUUAGUCCUGAGAAAUAGAGGUGAUACGCACGAGUGCGUCAUAGACGGUGACUGAAACUGCCGCUUUCAGGCGUUAGGGUUGAUGGAAAGUCUUAGCAUCUGACUACCUACUUAGUUUAGGAGAACUGUCGUUGUAGUACCGCGAAACUGACAGCAACUGUUUGCGUAGAUUAGCGUAGAAUUGUCUUGAGUUUAGCGUCCCUUAUCCUCGUUUCUUCGAGAGUCGCGAGCAUCUUCCCCAUCUCCCGGGUUUUUUAGAGUAGGCGAGCAGCGUGUGCGAUGGGGAAGAACCAGCAGUACAAGGCGGCGCAGCGAGCCAAGUCGAUGAGCCGCGGGGGUGGUGGUGGCGGCGGCGACGAGGAGAGCAAUGAUGGAAUGAUUGAUGGAUCUUUCCAUUCUCCAGCGUGGCAUGCUGCACGGCUCGCCGCCUUGCAGACGACCAACACGCUGACCUGGGAGGAGUGGAAGGCUCAGCGGAAGGAGGAGGCGCGGAAGGCGCAGGAGAUGGAGGGCUUCGAGGAGCAGCGCAUGAAGGAGUACCGCGCGCAGCUCGACAGCGAGCGCGAGGCCCGCCUCUCGCGCGGACGCAACCACGCCGAUAAACGCGGGAAGCUGAAGAAGAGCAAGGACAAGGAUAAGAGCAAGAAGAAGAAGAAGGGCAAACGCAAAAAGGGUGAUUCUGAAAGCGACUCGAGCAACUCAAGCAGCGACGAUGAGGGAGACAAGGACAAGAAGAAGAAAAAGAAGAAAUCAAAGAAGGACGCAGAUGCGCUCAGCAGUGCGAGUGAGGAGGCAGGUCCGGUGCGCCUCUCAUCCUUCCUGGAGAAGGGAGACGAUGACCUCCCUGGGUCUGACGAUGAGGGUGAUUUGCAGCUGCCCCCAGCAGCAGCCAAAAGCGGUGAUUUAUCGAGCUUGUUGGCCGAAGCCAAGAGAAGAGCGGAGAUUGGGGCUCACAUGGUGGCUGAAGUCAAGAAGGCAGAGAUGAUCCGGCCUGCCUGAUACCUCCUCUUGAUUAGCCUUCCUCACCCAUCUCACACUCUUCAGCACACUGCCAAUGGUAGGGUGAGUUUGACUUGCUUAUGAUAGUCAAAGCUACAGCAUCAGCUUCUGUGGCUCUAGGCUGUGAAGUGUGCUGUUGCAAUAACUUUAUUUCAAAUUAGCUUGACACAAUAGGAGCAAGCUGCUCCAUGCAGCUAGGUUAGCUUGUU